CGCGUUCCCAUCGGCGAAAAAAUCGGCAUUUUAAACACGAAACGAGAUGGAAAAGCUACAGGAUAAGCGGGUCAAGGUGAAUUUCGCCAAACCAAAGGUUAUCCUAAGGUCCAGCGGCAAUCUCAACGACGAACGCAAGAAACGAAUUGCGGCUCGCACCCAGAAGCUGAACAAGACGACGCCGGUGGACGUCGAGGAGCUCAUCGAGAACCGGGUUAGGAAUUUCAAGGACAACAGCUUCGUGUUCUUGACCUACGCGUACCCGAGGAGCAGCGAACGCUUCGGGCCGUACCUCUUUCUCGAGGUCCCGUUCAGCAAGGUCGACAAACAUGAAUACUUCACGGCCAGUCGCCAUGGGAUCACCUACUGGAGCGAUACGGAAAAUCACUUUAGCCAGCUGAACGACUGGUUGGCCGACUAUGGAAAGUACAAAACGCUGCUGCAGUUGAGUUUCUUCCGCAACUUUCGGUGCGCUAAAGCGUUCCGCCUGUGGCGCCGGAACAUCCAGUGGACCAAGUACGAGAAUGCCCGGCAGACGUUGGCGGGCAGUUUGUUCCUGGUCAUGCCACGGUUGGCCAAAGCGCUGUUGUACAUGCGCGAGCAGUACGUGGGGCUGGUGAACUUUCGGUUCUUUGACGUGUCCGUCGCGGAGAAUUGGCACUUGCCGUACUUUGUGGAGACGCAGAUGACCACUUUCGAGCAGGUUCGGGAUUUGCUGAUCAAUUUGACGAAAAAGAUGCGGGAGGUGCUGUUUGAUGCAUGCUCCAAUACUCUCAUCGAUCGUGGGUAUUCACCUCAGGACGAAGCGUUGAGCUGUCCCAACAAGAAGAAGCUCAAGGACAUUAUGAGCUUCACGGAACGGGCCAACAAACGCAAGCUAUGCGCUCUGUUGUCCCGAUUCCUGGGCUAUGCCGACCAUAUGCUAAUCAACCUGCUGCACCAAAUCUUGAGCGAAUCUUUCUGGAAUCUGUCCAACGUAUUUCGUGGGUUUAGUCAGGAUCCAACGCAGGACAAGACACCGUUCAUGACAAUCGAGUUGCUGCUCCAGCCGAAUACGAUCGGGGUUGAUCCGUCCAGGGAUAUUGCCGCCUCGUUUCUGGUGCAAAUCUGUUCGAUGGUCGUGGAGUGCACGCGGGGCGUUGAGCGGUUCCAGAGUGAUCCGUACUUUACAAUUUUUACAGAACCAGUGAUCAUGGGGCGGAAAGAGGAUCGCUUGUGCGGAAAUCCACCGAGCUUCAACUUUAUCAUUGAUAACGAUUUAGAUCUAUCGAGAAACAUCGAGUUCAUCCACCUGAGCAUCAACGAAGCGUUCGACGCGGUGGAACAGUACAUCGUGCAGUUUGACAAGAUUCGGGAGAAUUACCAGCAAGCGCUGCAAAUGGACCGGAACUUGAUUCGCGACGAGACGAACCUGAACAAGCUGAAGGCAUUUUGCGAGCGUUACAACGCCGAGAUGGCCGAGCUGGAAAACAUCCAAGAGUCCAAACGGCUCGGUUUGCUGCAGGUCAAGCAGGCCACGUUCCGCGAGGAAAUCAUUCCGGUUUGCCAAGAGCUGCUGUCGGUGCUGGACGAAACGCUGCCAAAACUUGCCAUGCAGAAGAUCAACUACGUCGAGCAGAAGGGCGAAGAAAUUUCGACCAAACUGCUGAUCGUACCGGAGGAGACCAGUCAGUACAUUUACUACUUUAACUUUCUCGAGAUCUGCCAUGAGCACGUGGAGAACUUGGAGAAGGAGCUGAACUACGCGUACGAGGCGUUGAAAAUAAUGAAGAUCCAUAAGGUGCCGUUCAGCGACGAGGACAAGGACAAAUAUCUUGAUAUGGAGGAACUCAUGGUUCAGAUCAAGGACACUAUGACCAACAAGCGAUCGCAGAAGCAGGAGCUCAUCAACAAGUUUGAUCUGUGCUUGCAGACCGACAUUGCCAAGAUCUUCACCGAAAUCGAAGACAUCAGCGAGCUGGUUCUCAACGAGUGGCUGCUGGAUGCGAAUUCCGAUCCGGUGCAGGUUCGCGACUGUCUAAUAGACCUAUCGGAACGCCUCACUUCGUGCCAGCGCAAAGCUCAAGAGUACAGAAAAUACCAGAAAGAGUUCCGCCUUGAGGUGACCCGGUUUGACAAGUUGACGCUUGUCAUUAACGAGGUCAAGUUACGGCAGACUCUCUGGGACAGUGUCCAGCAGUGGAAGGAAAGUGUCGAGCUGUGGAACGAGAUCAAGUUUUACGAGCUCAACGUGGAGGAGGUUGAGGCGAUGAACACCAAAGUGCUGAAGAACUGCGCGAUGCUCGAUAAGAAUUUGCCCAAGAACGAAAUCAUACCCAAACUGAAGCUCGAUGCUGAAGAAUUUAAGGAGAAGAUCCCUGUGUUGACUUACUUGAGAAAUCCAGCUCUGAAAACUCGCCAUUGGAUCAAGAUUGAGCAGAUUUUGAACAAGAGAAUCACAGGCGAAGAAGACAUUUUUCUGCAUACGUUCGAGGAUGUGAACGCAUUCGAAGAGGAAAAUGCAAACGAACUGAUGGAAGUCGCUAACAUGGCUAGUGCCGAAGCUGGCCUGGAAACACUGCUGAGUAAGGUCGAGAAUGCAUGGAAGGAGCUCGAGCUGACUGUCGUAAGUCACAGGGAUGCACGUGAUGUGUUCAUACUGGCCGGCAUUGACGACAUCCAAACCGUGCUGGACGAGUCGAGCAUAAAUGUCAGCACGAUAGCUGCUUCGAGACACGUUGGACCGAUCAAACCGAAGGUCGAGGAUUGGGCCCGACAGCUGGACCUAUUUUCUCGUACUCUGGACGAGUGGAUGCUCUGUCAACAGUCGUGGAUCUACCUGGAAGCAAUCUUCUCUGCUCCAGACAUUCAACGCCAGCUACCGCACGAGACGCAAAUGUUUCUGCAGGUCGACAAAAGCUGGAAGGAUCUGAUGCGACGUACCCAAAAGUCCCCAAUGGCGUUGAGUGCGGUGACCGCGGAAGGAGUUCUCGAACAGCUCCAGAUCAGCAACGUUCUGCUGGAGAAGGUUACGCGUUGUUUGGAGGCUUAUCUCGAAGUGAAACGAAUGGCGUUCCCUAGAUUCUACUUUCUGUCGAAUGACGAACUGCUCGAGAUCUUGGCCCAGACCAAAAAUCCGCAUGCAGUGCAGCCACACUUGAGGAAGUGCUUCGACGCGAUCGCGCGGAUCGAGUUUGGCAAGAAGAAGAACGAAAACGGAGAGUCCAUCAUGACGAACGACAUCAUCGCAAUGAUAUCUCCGGAAGGUGAGCGGCUCACGUUCGGCGUCGGUCUGAAGGCCAGAGGAGCCGUCGAAGAUUGGCUGUCGAAGGUCGAAGAGGCAAUGUUCCUCGCGGUCAAGAGAUACAUGCGACUCGGGUAUCGCUGCUACCCUACGAAGGAUCGCUCCUUCUGGAUGCAGGAACAUCCCAACCAGAUCGUGCUGACCGUUUCUCAGCAGCAGUGGUGCGCCGAUGUCCACGCCGUGUUCGGCGGGAAGAAGAACAUCACCAAGAAGAUGAAGGAGUACAGGGACAAACUGAUGAAGAAUCUGUCAAUAUUGGCUUCGAUUGCAAGAACCAACAUCUCAAAGCUGGUCCGUAAGGUUCUGUGCGCUCUGAUUACGAUCGAUGUCCACGCUAUGGAUUCGAUUUGCCAGCUGGUUGACAAGAAGAUAACCUCAGCCACCGACUUUGAGUGGUUAAAGAUGCUCCGCUACUACUGGAUCGCUGAAAACGACACGGUGGAAACCAAGAUGGCGUCUGCUAAUCUACCCUACUUUUACGAAUACCUUGGAGCUGGUGGAGUUCUGGUGAUCACGCCGCUGACAGACCGUUGCUAUCUCUGCUUGAUGGGAGCACUGCAGAUGGACCUGGGUGGAGCUCCCGCGGGACCGGCAGGAACGGGCAAAACCGAAACAACCAAAGAUCUGGCCAAAGCUCUCGCCAUUCAGUGCGUGGUGUUCAACUGUUCCGACGGUUUGGACUACAAGAUGAUGGGAAGAUUCUUCACCGGCCUUGCCCAGUCGGGCGCGUGGUGUUGCUUUGACGAGUUCAACCGAAUCGACAUUGAAGUGCUGUCCGUAAUAGCGCAACAGCUGAUCACGAUACGGAACGCCAAGGCGAUGAAAAUGAAGCGGUUUCUGUUUGAGGGUCGUGAAAUUCUUCUGAAACCGUCCUGUGCAGCGUUCAUCACAAUGAAUCCCGGUUACGCGGGAAGAACGGAACUACCGGACAAUCUGAAAGCUCUUUUCCGUCCCAUUUCGAUGAUGGUUCCUGACUAUGCGUUGAUUGCGGAGGUCAUUCUCUACUCGGAAGGUUUUGAAGCGUCCAAGGUACUUGCCAAAAAGAUGGUUCAGAUGUACAAGCUGUGCAGUGAACAGCUCAGCCAGCAAGAUCACUACGACUUUGGAAUGCGCGCGGUAAAAAGUGUGUUGGUGAUGGCCGGAGCUCUCAAACGUGCCUCUCCAAACCAAUCGGAAGAUAUCACUCUGAUCUGUGCCUUGCGUGACUCAAACUUGCCCAAAUUCCUGGCCAACGACGCCAUUCUGUUCAAAGGAAUCCUCGGCGACCUUUUCCCGGGUGUCGAGCUGCCAGAGCCCGAGCGCGGAAAUCUGCAAACUGCGAUCGAAACAUGUCUGAGACAAAACAAACUGCAAACCGUGCCGGAACUGGUGCUUAAAACCCUCCAACUUUACGAAACAAUGGUCGUACGGUGGGGUGUGAUGCUGGUCGGUCCUACCGGCAGUGGCAAGACCACCGUACUUCACACGUUGGCUUGCGCGCUGGAGAAACUGUAUCAGGACAUGGUUGAGGGACCGUACUACAGGCCGGUCAACAUCCAAACACUGAACCCGAAGGCAAUCAGCCUGGAUGAAUUGUACGGGUUUGUGAACCUGGCCACGAUGGAGUGGAAGGACGGUCUGCUGGGGCUCGCCAUCCGAGCGGCUGUGAACGUGCUGGAGGAAGAACACCAAUGGAUUGUGUGCGACGGUCCGGUGGAUGCCGUCUGGAUCGAGAAUCUCAACACCGUGCUGGAUGACAACAAGAUGCUGUGUCUGGCCAACUCGGAACGCAUCAAGCUGACCAGUUGGGUGCACAUGGUUUUCGAAGUGCAGGACCUGGCCCAAGCCUCUCCAGCGACGGUAUCCCGCUGCGGAAUGGUUUACCUCGAUCCACUCCAUCUGGGGUGGUCUCCGUUGAUAGCGUCGUGGCUGGAAAGCGUCGAGGAGCAGUAUCUGGAUCUGGACCUGAAGGAGCACAUUGAGCUACUCUUCAAGCAGUACUACGACGACAUGAUCAAGUACAUCAACCGAAAGUGUCGCUGGAGCAUUCACCAGGUGAACAUCAGCAAGCUGACGAUGAUGACCCGGUUGAUGGUGCUGCUGCUGAAAGCUAGCCAAAGUAUCAACCUGAUGGAGCGUGGAGACGCCAAAAGCUACAUUUUUAAGCUGUUCACGUGGUGCAUUUUGUGGUCUUUCGGUGGGAACUUACUGGACGAGUCGAAGGUUGGAUUUGAAAAGUUUAUGCGGUCAAUAUUCAGCGAAAGCGAUACGGCACUACUACCCGAAGGUUCCCUCUGGGACUACCGGAUCAAUACGGCGGCUAAAAAUUGGGAGAAAUGGGCAGCGAUUCACCCGCAGUUUGACUACAAUCCGAACAUUGCGUACUUUGACCUGCUCGUGCCAACGCUAGACACUACCAAGUACGGUUACGUUGCGGAAAUGUUGUUCCGGGACCAGUACCCGGUUCUGUUCACUGGUGACACCGGCGUUGGUAAAUCUGUUUUGGCGCGAGAUAUUCUAAAGAAACUUAUGAAGGAGAACGUGAUUCCGAUCUUUGUUAACUUUUCCGCCCAAUCCGAAAGCAUCCGGACGCAGGAAAUCAUCGAAUCUAGACUGGAGCGUCGGAAGAAGACCCUGCUGGGGGCUCCGAUCAACAAGAAGAUUAUUAUUUUUGUUGACGACGUCAACAUGCCCAAGCUGGACGUGUACGGCAGUCAGCCGCCGAUUGAGCUGUUGCGGCAGUUCCUGGACUUUCAGGGUGUGUACGAUCGGGACAAAAUGUACUGGAAGAGUAUCGUCGAUGUCACGCUGGGAGCUGCUUGUGCCCCACCCGGUGGUGGCCGGAACACGCUGACGCCUCGAUUCAUCCGUCACUUUGCGCUGCUUUCGCUGCCGACUCCGAACAGUGACACGCUGAAGACGAUCUUCAAAGCGAUACUGACGGGAUUCUUGGCUGACUUUAGCAUGGCGAUACGUCCGCUGGCGGACCCCAUAAUUGAGGCCGCUGUGGCCGUUUACGAGCGCAUCUCGGAGGAGUUGCUCCCGACUCCGAAAAAGUCGCAUUACGUGUUCAACCUGCGCGAUCUUUCAAAGUGCGUUCAGGGUGUGCUGCAGGCGGACGCUUCGUCCUACGUGAAUCCGAUACAGAUGUUGCGACUGUUUUACCACGAGUCGUCGAGAAUUUUCUACGAUCGCUUGGUGUGCCAAGAGGACAAGUCUUACUUCAAGCAGCUGCUGCAGGACUGCUGCGAGAAGUACUUUGAAACGACGGUGGUUCACCAGGAUGAGACGGUUUUGUUUGGAGACUUUAUGAUAUUUGGUCAACCGUCGGAAGAUCGCGUGUACGAAGAGAUCAAAGACUCCAAAAAGCUUAAGAACAUCCUGGUGGACUACCUCGAGGACUACAACUCGAUGGGCAGCAAGGAGAUGAACCUGGUGUUCUUUACGGAUGCAAUCGAGCACAUUGUCCGGCUUGCGCGGUUGCUUCGCUCGGAGCGGAGUAACGGACUGCUGGUCGGAGUGUCCGGCAUGGGCAAGCAGAGUCUGUCCCGACUGGCGGCACACAUCAACGGGUAUCAGUGCAACCAGAUCGCCUUGAGACGAGGAUACGAUCAUGCUUGCUUCCACGAAGAUCUGCGCAAAAUUUACUGGGUAGCGGGAAUUCUGAACAAACCGAUCGUGUUCCUUAUAACCGACACGCAGAUUGUGCGCGAAGAGUUUAUGGAGGACAUCAACAACAUUCUGAACUCGGGGGAGGUUCCCAACCUGUUUGAGGCUGAUGAGUACGAGAAGAUCAUUCUGAACGCACGGCAGGCUUGCAUCGAAAGUGGUUACGCCGAUACGACUCGGGAUGGAAUUUUUGAGUUUUUCAUCAAACGUGUCCGCGCCAAUCUGCACGUGGUUCUUUGUAUGAGCCCGGUAGGCGAUACGUUCCGAAGACGAUGCCGGAUGUUCCCGUCGUUGGUGAACUGCUGCACGAUCGAUUGGUUCGUCAAGUGGCCUGCCGAAGCGCUGCUCUCGGUAGCAAUGGGAUCGCUGAAGGAAGUCGCCGAGAACGAUGUUCAGUGCAAACAUUUGGCCCAGACCUGUGUGCUGAUGCACGAGAGUGUCGAAAGUAUUUCGGAGAGAUUCUACAGAGAAAUGCGACGCCAUUACUACACCACUCCAAGUAGCUACCUGCAGCUGUUGAAUCAGUACCGUGUGCUGGUCAACAAGCGAAUCGAGAUCAUUCUUCAGAAGAAGGAUCGCAUCGCGAACGGACUGAGCAAGAUCCUGGAGACGAACCUGGUUGUGGCGGAAAUGGGCGAAGAGCUGAAGCAGUUUGUUCCCAUCCUGGAGGAGAAGUCGAGAAACAUGAAGGACCUGCUGACAAAGCUGGACAAGGACAACGUGAUCGCCGAGGGCGUUAAACGAAGCGUAGGCAAAGACGAAGCCGAGGCAAAAAUCAAAGCCGCAGAAACGCAGGAGAUUGCCGACGAAGCGGCUAAAGAUCUGGAGAUUGUGAUGCCAACGCUGCAAGCGGCACAGGACGCUCUGAAGGCACUCAACAAGAACGACAUUAACGAGUUGCGUGUGUUUCAGAAACCUCCUAAGCUGGUGCAGUUUGUGAUGGAAGCCGUGCUGAUUCUGCUGGGUGCAAAAACCGAUUGGAACUCGGCAAAGGUCGUCAUGGCAGACGUAAACUUUCUGAAGAAGCUAGAAGACUACGAUAAAGAGCACAUUUCGGAUGCAAUGUUGAAGAAACUGAAGACUUACGUCGAGCACAAGGAUUUCCAACCUGCGACCAUCGAAAAGGUGUCCAAAGUGGCGAAAUCAAUGUGUCUCUGGGUGAUUGCCGUGGAGAGAUUUGCCAAAGUGUACCGCGUUGUCGAGCCCAAGAUACUGCGCCAAAAAGCCGCCGAAGACGAGUUGAACCAGGUGAUGAAGCUGCUAAAGUCGAAGCAGAACGAACUGGCCGAAAUCGAGGCAAAGAUCUUGAUCCUGAUGUCGAACCUGGACGAAAAGAAGCGUGAGAUGAAGGUUCUUCAGGAUCACAACGAUCUGACGGCGGCUCGGCUCAACCGAGCAGGUCGGCUGACGUCGGCCCUCGCGGACGAGGAGAUUCGUUGGCGCGACACGGUCCAGGAGCUGACCGCGGAACAGUUUGCCGUUUCCGGUGACGUGCUGGUGGCGUCCGCAUACGUGGCGUAUUUGGGCGCCUUCCCGAUGAGCUAUCGGCGGGAGUUGUCCGAGAUGUGGGUGGAAAAGUGCCGCAGCUUGAACAUCCCCAGCAGCGAGAGCUUCAAUUUGGUGAAGAUCCUGGGCGAUUCGUUCCAGAUUAGGGAGUGGAACAUGUUUGGACUGCCGCGGGACGAGAUUUCCAUUGAGAAUGCGAUUAUUUCGACGCAGGGCGGCCGGUGGCCGUUGAUGAUUGAUCCCCAGGAGCAGGCAAAUCGGUGGGUGAGGAGCAUGGAGGCCGCGAACGAGCUGCGGAUCAUAAAGCUGACCGAUGCCAACAUGAUGCGAAUAUUGGAGAUUUGCAUCCGUCAGGGCACCCCGAUGCUCAUCGAGGAUCUGCAGGAAACGCUCGAUCCGGUGCUGGAAUCGGUUCUGCUGAAGCGCGUCUUCAUCCAGAACGGUCGCCUCAUGAUCAAGCUGGGCGACGUGGACGUCGAUUACGACACCAACUUCCGGCUGUACAUGACCACGAAGCUGGCGAAUCCGCACUUUCUGCCGGAAAUUUGCAUCCAGGUUAGCUUGGUCAACUUCCAGGUGUCUCGUAGCGGGCUGGAGGAUCAGCUACUCGCGGACAUUAUCAAAAUCGAGCUGCCCGAGAUGGAGAAGCAGCGCAGCGAUCUGAUCGUCCGUAUCAACGCCGACAAGCAGCAACUGCUGCUGCUCGAGGAUAAGGUACUCAAGCUGCUGUACAGCUCCAAGGGAAACAUUCUGGACGACGAAGAGCUGGUGGAUGCGCUGAACGAGUCCAAGGAAACGUCGAUCAUCAUCGCCGAUCGGUUGAUCGAGACGGAGAAGACGGAAAUGGCGAUCGCGGCAACGCGCGAAAAGUACCGCGUACUCGCUUCACGUGGCGCUGUGUUGUACUUUGUGGUGUCAUCGCUGGCGGAAAUCGAUCCGAUGUAUCAGUUCAGCUUGCGGUACUUUUCGCACGUGUACUGUUCGGUGAUUGCGAAACCGCACGCCAAGAUGGAACUUCCGGAGCGGUUGGCCACGCUGCAGGGCGAUGUGACGUUUACGGUGUUUUCGAACAUUUCGCGGGGCUUGCUGGAGAAGCACAAGCUGAUUUAUGGCUUCUUGCUGGCGGUGGCGAUUUGCAAGGAGUGCGAUGAGAUCAACGACGAUCAGCUGAACUUUAUCUUGAAGGGUCCGAGUAGUAGGAACUUUUCGCUGGAUGACAAGCCAGCGUACGCGACGGAUAACCAGUGGUACAGCUGCCGGUUUCUGGAGGAGCAUUUCCCUAGUUUUGCUAAGCUGUCUGCGAGUUUGCGCGAAUCGAUCGAGGUUGAGAUUCAAGACUACAAGGAAGAUCUGUCACCCGCUCCGAAACCGGUUGGAUCGUCAAAGAGCUGGAACCAGCUGCUCAGUGCAUCGGAAAAACUGAUGUUGAUAGCGGCACUGAAGGAGGAGAGUCUCGUCAUUGGAGUGACCGAGUUCAUUCGGCUCAAGCUGGGCAAACAGUUUACGGAACCACCCAAGAACACAACGCUGCCAUCGCUGUACGAGGACAUAUCCGCAACGACUCCUCUCGUCUUUGUCCUGUCUCCGGGCUCCGAUCCGAUGACCGCGCUGAUCAAAUUCGCCCAGGACAAAGAGUACGCGGAAAAGCUGCACUCAAUCUCGCUCGGACAGGGACAAGGUCCGGCCGCGGAAGCCCUCAUCAAGAGCGGAACCAAACAUGGCCACUGGAUCUUUCUGCAAAACUGUCACCUUGCCACGUCCUGGAUGGAAUCGAUGGAGAAGAUUGUGAACAACAUAGCCAUGGGCGUUGAGUCGACCCACGAAGGUUUCCGGCUGUUUUUGUCCUCGAUGCCGGUCAAGACGUUCCCAAUAAGCGUGCUGCAGAACUCGGUCAAGGUGACGAACGAACCGCCGAAAGGGUUGCGCGCCAACUUGGUCCGCUCGCUGAACGAUCUCGACGUGGGCAGUUUCGAGUUUCACGUACUGGGCCAGCAGUGGCGAAGCAUGAUAUUUGGGUUGUGCAUGUUCCACGGGAUCAUUCUGGAGCGACGCAAGUUUGGACCGCUCGGGUGGAACAUUUCGUACGAGUUUAACGAGAGCGAUCGAGCGUGCGCACUGAAAACGUUGGACAUUUACUGUGAUCGGGAGUCUCCCGGGGCGAUUCCGUGGGAUGCGCUGGAGUAUAUCAACGGGGAGAUUACUUACGGGGGGCGAGUUACGGACAGCUGGGAUCAGCGCUGUUUGAGGUCCAUUUUGAAGCUCUUUUCGUCGGAAGCGAUCCUUUCGCCGGACUACCAGUACAGCGAAAGUGGCCGGUACUAUUGUCCGCAGUCGAGAUCGCUGGAAGAUUACAAGACGUACGCGAACACUUUGUCAAUCCACGAUCCGCCCGAGGUGUUUGGGAUGCACGAGAACGCCAACAUUAUUUUCAACCGGAACGAGACGAGAUUCUUUGUGGACACGCUGCUCAACAGUAUGAGCGGUGGAGACGCGAUGGGCGAAGCAGCGUUGGCGGCCAUGGACAAACUGUGUCUGGACAAGAUUCAGAGCAUUCGAGCGGCGAUCGUGCGGAACAUUGACAGCGAUAACCCUUACCCGGACUUGAUGAAGCGGGACAGUCGCAACCGAAUCCCUUCCCUAACGACGGUCCUGUUGCAGGAAAUCGAUCGCUUCGACAAGCUGCUUGCCGUCAUUCACAGCAAUCUGAACGACUUGGAGAAGGCCAUCCAGGGCUUUGUGGUCAUGUCGGAGAGCUUGGAAACGAUCUAUCGUGCCUUCAUCAACAAUCAGGUCCCCCAGCUAUGGCACAGCAAGGGCUUCCUGUCGACCAAGUCGUUGGGCAGUUGGAUCUUUGAUUUUCAGCAACGCAUCGAGUACGUCCAAUCUUGGUUCAACGACGGACUUCCGAUUUCGUCCUGGAUUUGCGGCCUCUUCUUUCCGCAAUCCUUCCUCACCGGCACGCUGCAGACGUACUCGCGAAAGAACAACAUUCCCAUCGACACGCUGCGGUUCGACUUUGACAUUAUGAACUGCACGCUAAACCAGCAGGUCAUCUACGAGCGAAGAAUUCGCGGUCAAAAGAGCAACUCGCUGUUUGAAGACCUAAAGGUACCGGACUACGGAAUACUGAUCCACGGCCUGUUUAUCGAGGCUGGCCGUUGGGACCUGCGCGAGGGCGGCCUGUGCGACCCGAAGGUGGGCGAGCUGAUUUCGCGACUUCCGGUGGUUUGGUUGAAGCCGUGCGUAGAGCUGGAGCAAGGUCGUCGCUACGAGGCGCCUCUCUACAAGACCAGCGUCCGAGCCGGCGUCCUGUCCACCACGGGCCAUUCAACCAACUUUGUGCUGUCCGUUCUGCUGGACACACGGAAACCGCCGGACUAUUGGAUCUUGCGCGGAACAGCUCUGGUGAUGCUAAUUACUGACUAA